GAGCAGCAUGGCCAAGCCCAUGGAAGCCGUCCGUUCCGGGAGCGUCCUCUCCAAUGUGGUCACCGUCAUGCUGCUCCUCUCCUUGGGCUUCGUCUUCGGCAUGGUGUACAACGCCAACUUCCAGGAAUCCCAUCUCACGCCAUUCCUGCAGCCGCUGCCUUCUCUCCUACGGCCAUCGCCAACUCCGGUGGUAGCGUGCGGCGUCGGCCCACCGUCGCCCUCUCCCACUUCGCCGCAGUCCCCGCCACCGGCGCGAAUGGGGUUCGCCGACUUCCUCGCGCCGAGUGGCGGCGGCCUCAUGCACAACAUGACCGACGAGGAGCUGUUCUGGAGGGCGUCCAUGGUGCCCAGGGUCGCCCUCGUGCCGCGGCGCAUCGUGCCCAAGGUGGCCUUCCUGUUCCUGGUCACCGGGAACCUGCCGCUGCGGCCGUUGUGGGAGAAGUUCUUCGCCGGGCACGAGGGGCUCUACUCCAUCUACGUCCACGCCAGCCCCGCCUACACCGGCUCGCCGCCGGCCGACUCCGUCUUCUACGGCCGCAUGAUCCCAAGCCAGAACACGAGCUGGGGCAACAUGAACCUGGUCGAUGCCGAGCGGCGGCUGCUGGGGACGGCGUUGCUGGACCUCGGUAAUGCACGGUUCGCGCUGCUGUCGGAGACGUGCAUCCCUCUCCUCUCCUUCCCGGCUGCCCACGCCUUCCUCACCGGCGCCAACGCCAGCUUCAUCGACAGCUUCCCCACCCGUGCGCGGCAUGCGCCCUUUUUCCUCCAGCGCAACAUCAGCCGCGCGCAGUGGCGUAAGGGGUCGCAGUGGUUCGAGAUGGACCGGGAGCUCGCCGUGGACGUCAUCGCCGAGGAGCGGUACAUGGCCGUGUUUCGCGGCGACCACGGCAUCGCCAACAUGUUGGAGCACUACAUGCCGACGCUGGUGACCCUGCUGGGCUGGGGCACGCGCGCCGCCAACCGGACCCUCACGUACACCGACUGGCCGAGACCGGGCCCGCACCCGGCGAGCUACGGCGUCAGGGACGUCACACCAGAGCUGCUGGAGGGGAUGAGGCGAGGGAACGGGGAGUGCGGCUACAGCGCCGGCAAGGCGGUUGAGUUCUGCUUCAUGUUCGCGCGCAAGUUCUCCGGGGAUGCGCUCGGCAAGUUGCUUGAGCUCGCUCCUAAGGUCAUGGGGUUCGGCUGAAAUUUUGUAUGUAUAAUAGUCGCUAGCUUGUGUAUGUUUUUUCCGCAAAAGAAAUGGUUGUAUUUGUCUUUUUACAGAAGGUCGUGGCGUUUUUUUAUUAUGAUGCUAGGAAAAGUGAUUGAAAUUAUCAUUGGUCAAAUUUUUGCAUUGUUCUAGUAUUCAUACUUCAUAAAAUAUUUCUUUGAUCAUUUACCUACUCGAGGACGAGGAGGAAUUAAACUUGUGAUGUUGAUACGACUCCAAAGUAUUUAUAAUUUUGAAGUAUUCAUGCCUACAAUAAUUUUAAAUUGUUACACAUUUUUAUAUUAUUUUUAUGGACUAACAUACUAAUCUAGUAUCCAGUGUCAGUUCUUUUUUUUUGCCUAUUUCUUUGUUUUGGAGAAAACCAUACCAAACAAAGUCCAAAUGCGAUAAAAAUUUACGGUAAUUUUUAUGGCGGAAAAGAGACCCACAAAGCAUCGGGGAAGGACUAGAAGAUGCCCAGGGGAGCUACAAGCUCAAGAGGCGCGCCCUCCCAUGGGGUGCGCUACCCGAGCUUGUGAGUCCCCCGGGAACCUUCCUGGC